ACCUGUGAGCUUCCACCCCUGGCUCCCCCAGGACUCCAUUGAGAGCCUCUGCAGUGGCAGCCAGAGGUUUCAAAGGUCACCCCAGCUGGGCGGAUUAGAACAACAGAUCUCCCGGACCGGGUGAAGUUGGCUGCUCAGCGGAAGGCAAGUUGCAACAUCUGCGAGCAGAGUCAGAACAAAAGCCCCUUAACUUUUUCGGUCUGGCCCUGGGCUCUGUGGCGCCCGGCACUCCUUCGCUCUCCAUUCGUGGCUGGACCUUGGACAGGAACCUCUGCAGUACGUUGGAGGUGAAGUGUGGCUGCCUCGCAUCCUGACUCAUGUGAGAGCUGCCAGGGAAGAGGCCGCGGUAAGACCAUGGGGGAUGUGAAGCUGGUUGCCUCGUCACACAUUUCCAAAACCUCCCUCAGCGUGGAUCCCUCAAGAGUUGGCUCCAUGCCCCUGACAGAGGCCCCUGCUUUCAUUUUGCCCCCUCGGAACCUCUGCAUCAAAGAAGGAGCCACCGCCAAGUUCGAAGGGCGGGUCCGGGGUUACCCAGAGCCCCAGGUGACGUGGCACAGAAACGGGCAACCCAUCACCAGUGGGGGCCGCUUUCUGCUGGAUUGCGGCAUCCGGGGGACCUUCAGCCUAGUGAUUCAUGCUGUCCACGAGGAGGACAGGGGAAAGUAUACCUGUGAAGCCACCAAUGGCAGUGGUGCUCGCCAGGUGACAGUGGAGUUGACAGUAGAAGGAAGUUUUGCAAAGCAACUUGGUCAACCUGUUGUUUCCAAAAGUUUGGGGGAUAGAUUUUCAGCUUCAGCAGUGGAGACCCGUCCUAGCAUCUGGGGGGAGUGCCCACCAAAGUUUGCUACCAAGCUGGGCCGAGUUGUGGUCAAAGAAGGACAGAUGGGACGAUUCUCCUGCAAGAUCACUGGCCGGCCCCAACCGCAGGUCACCUGGCUCAAGGGAAAUGUUCCACUGCAGCCGAGUGCCCGUGUGUCUAUGUCUGAGAAGAACGGGAUGCAGGUUCUGGAAAUCCAUGGAGUCAACCAAGAUGACAUGGGAGUGUACACAUGCCUGGUGGUGAACGGGUCAGGCAAGGCCUCGAUGUCAGCUGAACUUUCCAUCCAAGGUUUGGACAGUGCCAAUAGGUCAUUUGGGAGAGAAACAAAAGCCACCAAUUCCGACGUCAGGAGGGAGGUGACCAAUGUAAUCUCAAAGGAGUUGAAACUGAACAGUCUGGAGGCUGCAGCCGAAAGCAAGAACUGCUCCAGCCCCCAGAGAGGUGGCUCCCCAGCCUGGGCUGCAAACAGCCAGCCUCAGCCCCCAAGGGAGUCCAAGCUGGAGUCAUGCAAGGACUCGCCCAGAACGGCCCCGCAGACCCCGGUCCUUCAGACGACUUCCAGCUCCAUCACCCUGCAGGCCGCAAGAGUUCAGCCGGAACCAAGAGCACCAGGCCUGGGGGCCCUAUCGCCUUCUGGAGAAGAGAGGAAGAGGCCAGCUGCACCCCGUCCAGCCACCUUCCCCACCAGGCAGCCUGGCCUGGGGAGCCAAGACGUUGUGAGCAAGGCUGCUACCAGGAGAAUCCCCAUGGAGGGCCAGAAGGAUUCAGCACUCCCCAAAUUUGAGAGCAAGCCCCAAAGCCAGGAGGUCAGGGAAAAUCAAACUGUCAAGUUCAGAUGUGAAGUUUCAGGGAUUCCAAAGCCUGAAGUGGCCUGGUUCCUGGAAGGCACCCCCGUGAGGAGACAGGAGGGCAGCAUUGAGGUUUAUGAAGAUGCUGGCUCCCAUUACCUCUGCCUGCUGAGAGCCCGGACCAGGGACAGUGGGACAUACAGCUGCACUGCUUCCAACGCCCGAGGCCAGGUGUCCUGUAGCUGGACCCUCCAAGUGGAAAGGCUUGCUGUGAUAGAGGUGGCCCCCUCCUUCUCCAGUGUCCUGAAGGACUGCACCGUCAUUGAGGGCCAGGAUUUUGUGCUGCAGUGCUCCGUACGGGGGACUCCAGUGCCCCAGAUCACUUGGCUGCUGAAUGGACAGCCCAUCCAGUACGCUCACUCCACCUGCGAGGCUGGCGUGGCUGAGCUCCACAUCCAGGAUGCCCUGCCAGAGGACCAUGGCACCUACACCUGCCUGGCUGAGAAUGCCUUGGGGCAGGUGUCCUGCAGCGCCCGGGUCACCGUCCAUGAAAGGAAGAGUAGCGGGAAGAGUGAGUACCUUCUGCCUGUGGCCCCCAGCAAGCCCACUGCACCCAUCUUCCUGCAGGGCCUCUCUGAUCUCAAAGUCAUGGAUGGAAGCCAGGUCACUAUGACAGUCCAAGUGUCAGGGAAUCCACCCCCUGAGGUCAUCUGGCUGCACAACGGGAAUGAGAUCCAAGAGUCAGAGGACUUCCACUUUGAACAGAGAGGCACUCAGCACAGCCUUUGUAUCCAGGAAGUGUUCCCGGAGGACACGGGCACAUACACCUGCGAGGCCUGGAACAGCGCCGGAGAGGUCCGCACCCAGGCCGUGCUCACGGUACAAGAGCCUCACGAUGGCACCCAGCCCUGGUUCAUCAGUAAGCCUCGCUCGGUGACAGCCUCCCUGGGCCAGAGUGUCCUCAUCUCCUGCGCCAUAGCUGGUGACCCCUUUCCUACCGUGCACUGGCUCCGAGAUGGCAAAGCCCUCUCCAAAGACACUGGCCACUACGAGGUGCUUCAGAAUGAGGACGUGUUCACCCUGGUUCUAAAGAAGGUGCAGCCCUGGCAUGCCGGCCGGUAUGAGAUCCUGCUCAAGAACCGGGUUGGCGAAUGCAGUUGCCAGGUGUCACUGAUGCUACAGAACAGCCCUGCCGGAGCCCUUCCACGGGGGAGGGAGCCUGCCAGCUGUGAGGGCCUCUGUGGUGGAGGAGUUGGUGCUGAUGGUGGUGGUAGUGACCGCUAUGGGACCCUGAGGCCUGGCUGGCCAGCAAGAGGGCAGGGUUGGCCAGAGGAGGAAGACGGCGAGGACGUGCGAGGGGUGCUAAAGAGGCGCGUGGAGACGAGGCAGCACACCGAGGAGGCGAUCCGCCAGCAGGAGGUGGAGCAGCUGGACUUCCGAGACCUCCUGGGGAAGAAGGUGAGUACCAAGACCCUAUCGGAAGACGACCUGAAGGAGAUCCCAGCCGAGCAGAUGGAUUUCCGUGCCAACCUGCAGCGGCAAGUGAAGCCAAAGACUGUGUCCGAGGAAGAGAGGAAGGUGCACAGCCCCCAGCAGGUCGAUUUCCGCUCUGUCCUGGCCAAGAAGGGGACUCCCAAGACCCCUGUGCCUGAGAAGGUGCCACCACCGAAACCUGCCACCCCGGAUUUUCGCUCAGUGCUGGGUGGCAAGAAGAAAUUACCAGCGGAGAAUGGUAGCAGCAGUGCUGAGACCCUGAAUGCCAAGGCCGUGGAAAGUUCCAAGCCCCUGAGCAAUGCACAACCUUCAGGGCCCUUGAAACCCAUGGGCAACGCCAAGCCUGCUGAGACCCUGAAGCCCAUGGGCAACGCCAAGCCUGCUGAGACCCUGAAGCCCAUGGGCAACGCCAAGCCUGCUGAGACCCUGAAAUCCACUAGCAAAGAAGAACUCAAGAAAGACGUUAAGAAUGAUGUGAAUUGCAAGAGAGGCCAUGCAGGGACCACAGAUAAUGAAAAAAGAUCAGACAGCCAGGGGACAGCCCCAGUCUUCAAGGAGAAGCUGCAAGAUGUUCGUGUGGCAGAGGGCGAGAAGCUGCUGCUCCAGUGCCAGGUGUCUUCUGACCCCCCAGCCACCGUCACCUGGACACUGAAUGGAAAGACCCUCAAGACCACCAAGUUCAUCGUCCUCUCCCAGGAAGGCUCACUCUGCUCCGUCUCCAUCGAGAAGGCACUGCCUGAGGACAGAGGCUUGUACAAGUGUGUAGCCAAGAAUGAUGCUGGCCAGGCUGAGUGCUCCUGCCAAGUCACCGUGGACGAUGCCCCGGCCAGUGAGAACACCAAGGCCCCAGAGAUGAAAUCCCGGAGGUCCAAGAGCUCUCUUCCUCCCGUGCUAGGAACUGAGAGUGAUGCAACUGUGAAAAAGAAACCUGCCCCCAAGACACCUCCGAAGGCAGCAAUGCCCCCUCAGAUCAUCCAGUUCCCUGAGGACCAGAAGGUACGCGCCGGAGAGUCAGUGGAGCUGUUUGGUAAAGUGACAGGCACCCAGCCCAUCACCUGUACCUGGAUGAAGUUCCGAAAGCAGAUCCAGGAGAGCGAGCACAUGAAGGUGGAGAACAGCGAGAAUGGCAGCAAGCUGACCAUCCUGGCCGCGCGCCAGGAGCACUGCGGCUGCUACACACUGCUGGUGGAGAACAAGCUGGGCAGCAGGCAGGCCCAGGUCAACCUCACUGUCGUGGAUAAGCCAGACCCCCCAGCUGGCACACCUUGUGCCUCUGACAUUCGGAGCUCCUCACUGACCCUGUCCUGGUACGGCUCCUCGUACGAUGGGGGCAGUGCCGUACAGUCCUACAGCAUCGAGAUCUGGGACUCAGCCAACAAGACUUGGAAGGAACUAGCCACAUGCCGCAGCACCUCUUUCAACGUUCAGGACCUGCUGCCUGACCAUGAGUAUAAGUUCCGUGUACGUGCAAUCAACGUGUAUGGAACCAGUGAGCCAAGCCAGGAGUCUGAACUCACAACGGUAGGAGAGAAACCUGAAGAGCCAAAGGAUGAAGUGGAGGUUUCAGACGAUGAUGAGAAGGAGUCUGAGGUUGAUUAUCGGACGGUGACAAUCAAUACUGAACAAAAAGUAUCUGACGUCUACGACAUCGAAGAGAGAUUAGGAUCUGGGAAAUUUGGACAGGUCUUUCGACUUGUAGAAAAGAAAACUCGAAAAAUCUGGGCAGGGAAAUUCUUCAAGGCAUAUUCAGCAAAAGAGAAAGAGAAUAUCCGGCAGGAGAUCAGCAUCAUGAACUGCCUCCACCACCCCAAGCUCGUCCAGUGUGUGGAUGCCUUCGAAGAAAAGGCCAACAUCGUCAUGGUCCUGGAGAUCGUGUCAGGAGGUGAGCUGUUUGAGCGCAUCAUUGACGAGGACUUCGAGCUGACGGAGCGCGAGUGCAUCAAGUACAUGCGGCAGAUCUCGGAGGGGGUGGAGUACAUCCACAAGCAGGGCAUCGUGCACCUGGACCUCAAGCCGGAGAACAUCAUGUGUGUCAACAAGACGGGCACCAGGAUCAAGCUCAUCGACUUUGGUCUGGCCAGGAGGCUGGAGAAUGCGGGGUCCCUGAAGGUCCUCUUUGGCACCCCGGAGUUUGUGGCUCCUGAAGUGAUCAACUAUGAGCCCAUCGGCUAUGCCACAGACAUGUGGAGCAUCGGGGUCAUCUGCUACAUCCUAGUCAGUGGCCUUUCCCCCUUCAUGGGAGACAACGAUAAUGAAACCUUGGCCAACGUUACCUCAGCCACCUGGGAUUUCGACGACGAGGCAUUCGAUGAGAUCUCCGACGAUGCCAAGGAUUUCAUCAGCAAUCUGCUGAAGAAAGAUAUGAAAAACCGCCUGGACUGCACACAGUGCCUUCAGCAUCCAUGGCUAAUGAAAGAUACCAAGAACAUGGAGGCCAAGAAACUCUCCAAGGACCGGAUGAAGAAGUACAUGGCAAGAAGGAAAUGGCAGAAAACGGGCAAUGCUGUGAGAGCCAUUGGAAGACUGUCCUCUAUGGCAAUGAUCUCAGGGCUCAGUGGCAGGAAAUCCUCAACAGGGUCACCAACCAGCCCGCUCAAUGCAGAAAAACUAGAAUCUGAAGAAGAUGUGUCCCAAGCUUUCCUUGAGGCUGUUGCUGAGGAAAAGCCUCAUGUAAAACCCUAUUUCUCUAAGACCAUUCGUGAUUUAGAAGUUGUGGAGGGAAGUGCUGCUAGAUUUGACUGCAAGAUUGAAGGAUACCCGGACCCCGAGGUUGUCUGGUUCAAAGAUGACCAGUCAAUCAGGGAGUCCCGCCACUUCCAGAUAGACUACGAUGAGGACGGGAACUGCUCUUUAAUUAUUAGUGAUGUUUGUGGGGAUGAUGAUGCCAAGUACACCUGCAAAGCUGUCAACAGUCUUGGAGAAGCCACCUGCACAGCAGAGCUCAUUGUGGAAACGAUGGAGGAAGGUGAAGGGGAAGGGGAAGAGGAAGAAGAGUGAAACAAAGCCAGAGAAAAGCAGUUUCUAAGUCAUAUUAAAAGGACUAUUUCUCUAAAACUAAAAAAAAAAAAA